AAAAAAAAAAAAAGCCCAAAUCUGACCACCAGCAGAAUUUUUUUUAAUUUAUUAUUAGUAAUGGUUGGAGUUUUAAGACAGGUACAAUUCUGAUUCUUAGAAACGGAGUUGAAGACGAAAGCUUCUCUCUGCUGGUUUAUGAGAUUUACAAGAAGCUCUACUUGUCUUUUGUUUCUCGAGUAAUCUUGGAUCAAUUGAAAGGAGAAGAUCCUGGAUGGGUUUCAUGGAUUACGUGAAAUCAAUUGAAUGGGAGCAUGAGUCCUACCCUGCUUAUGAAGAUUAUAUUGUUCUACCUUUAUUUGCUCUGUUCUUCACCUCAGUCCGGUUCUUUCUCGAUAGAUUUGUAUUUCAGAAAGUGGCAAGACGAUUAAUUUUUGGAAAGGGUCAUCAGACACUGGAUGUGGAGUCAGAUGAGAGACGGAAGAAGAUACGAAAGUUCAAGGAGUCUGCUUGGAAAUGCAUAUAUUUUCUUUCAGGAGAGAUUCUGAUUUUGGCUGUUACUUGUAAUGAGCCUUGGUUUACUAAUACAAAGUUCUUUUGGGUAGGGCCAGGAAGUCAAGCCUGGCCAGACCAAAAAAUGAAGUUAAAAUUGAAAGCAGUGUAUAUGUAUGCUGCUGGAUUUUACACAUACUCCAUAUUUGCUCUUAUAUUCUGGGAAACAAGGCGUUCUGACUUUGGAGUGUCAAUGAGUCAUCAUGUUGCAACCGUCAUUCUCAUUGUGCUGUCUUACAUAUUCAGGUUUGUUCGUGUUGGUUCAGUUGUUUUAGCUCUUCAUGAUGCUAGUGAUAUAUUCUUGGAGAUAGGAAAGAUGUCAAAAUAUAGUGGUGCUGAAGGGAUUGCUAGCUUUGCAUUUAUUCUUUUUGUUUUGUCUUGGAUCAUACUACGCCUCAUUUACUAUCCAUUCUGGGUCCUUUGGAGUACAAGUUAUGAAGUUGUCCAGACCUUGGACAAAGAAAAACAUCCAGUGGAUGGCCCAAUCUAUUAUUAUGUGUUCAAUACGCUUCUGUAUUGCUUGCUUGUUCUCCAUAUUUACUGGUGGGUCCUGAUUUUCCGGAUGCUUGUGAAGCAAAUCCAAGCAAGGGGUCAGAUUAGCGACGAUGUUAGAUCUGAUUCUGAAGAUGAACAUGAAGAUUGACCAAAACCAUUGAUUGCAGCCUCAACAUAACUCACUAGAAGUUGAGGACCCUGUACACGUCCUAUGUAUUCUAUACCAGAUUAGAAGGAUUAAUCAAAAAAAAAAAAGAUCCUUUGCAAAUUCAAGGGUGUGUUUUGAAAUGGAAAUGAAAGGUUGCAUUAUGUGAUUAGGUUGAUUAUUCACUUGUCAUUGUUACUUUUACUUCUGAUUUAUUUGUUCUCUCAGAUGAUUUGUUGUAAGAAAACUUGCAUUGAUUUUAAUGACUGUAGAAACUGAGAGCUUCCAGCUAAUUUUGAGAGUUGUUCAUUACAUUUAAUUUUUGGUUGUUCAGUUA